AUAGUAAAGCUAGAAAUAACUAUUAGGUUAUGUAUGGAGAAUUUUGCACCUGGGAUUCGUUUUUACCCUACAGAAGAAGAGCUUCUCUCUUUUUAUUUGCAUCAUAGGCUAGAAGCCAAGCAAGAAGACUUGAUUCGGGUUAUGGAUCGUGUUAUACCCGUUCUUUAUAUAUACGAAUUCAGUCCAUGGCAACUUCCACAAUUCUCAGGAGUCUACUCACGUAGAGAUCCAGAACAAUGGUUUUUCUUUAUCCCAAGACAAGAAAGCGAGGCACGUGGAGGAAGGCCAAACAGACUCACAACUGAUGGAUAUUGGAAAGCUACUGGUUGUCCUGGUUAUGUUUACUCUUCCAACAAUCGAUGCGUUGGUGUUAAAAGAACUAUGGUUUUCUACAAGGGAAGGGCUCCAAGAGGUAGAAAAACCGAGUGGAAAAUGAAUGAAUAUAAAGCAAUUGAUAGAGAAGCUUCAUCUUCAUCAACUGGUGCAUCUCUAAGUCUAAGACAUGAAUUCAGUUUGUGUCGAGUGUACAAGAAAGCAAAAUGCCUACGGUCGUUCGAUAGAAGGCCGGUUGGAAUGGAAACAAGGCAAUUAAUGGUUCAUGGUGAUGAAGUGGCAAGACCAAGUACUCAUCCAAAAAGAAAAAGAAGCUCGGCUGAGAGUUCAUCUUUAGGUGGCCAUGGCUAUCCCUCUCAAGAAACUGGGCAACAAAGUAAUAAUAACAUACCAAUGGCGGUCAUACAUAAUGAACCUCUUUGGGAUUGGGACCAAUUGAAAGAUUGGCGUGAUUACGGCGGACUGGGUUUGUGAAUGUAGCCAAAUAAUAAUUGUUAUGAUGAUA